GGCCCUAUGUACGGAUGUGUGUAAAGUUUUUUCUCUAUACACUGCGUCGGUGACUCGAUUACGAAUGUAUGAAUUAAACGGAAACGGUUUUCAUCGGUUCUUACAGUAUGACUGGAUUUGACUGUUUUGUGUUAUCGAUUCUGUUGGUUGUAAGAGACUGAACCGAGUGUAUGAUCAGUGGGGAAUCGGAGGAGUUUGAAGAGCUCUGGGAGAGCAUCCUGGUUGACAGAACCAUGUGGUGAAUAUUAUUCUGGAUAAACUCAUCUGUAGUGCACUGGACUCCACAGCAAAACGUCAGAGAGACUUCGGAACUGUUUACAAUUUUUUUUCUGGGAUUCAGUUCACUAUUCUUCCCUGUUGGAUUACUUUCUGGAUUUGACUCGGAUCAGUACUUCAUAAUGCUCUUCAAUGGCUGUCAGCAGUGCAGUGGUUAGCAUGCAGAAUGACAACCGGACCUUUGUCCACUACAGGAUGGAGGCAUCCUGUUUGGACCUGGCUCUGGAGGCCGAGCGUCUGUGUAAGGCAGGGGAUUACAGCGCUGGCGUUUCUUUCUUCGAGGCAGCCUUGCAGGUUGGCACAGAAGACCUGCAGGUUCUGAGUGCCGUCUACAGUCAACUGGGCAAUGCCUACUUUCACUUGCAUGACUACAACAAAGCUCUGGAGUUCCACCACCAUGACCUUACUCUAACUAAAACCACUGGGGAUCAGCCUGGUGAGGCCAAAGCCAGCGGUAACCUGGGGAACACAUUAAAGGUUUUGGGUCGCUUUGAUGAAGCGGUGGUCUGCUGCCAGAGACAUUUAGAUAUUGCUAAAGAACUGGGCGACAAGGUGGGGCAGGCCAGAGCACUUUAUAAUUUUGGAAAUGUGUACCACGCCAAAGGGAAGAGCAUCUGCUGGAGCGGAGCAGAACCUGGAGACUUUCCUGAGGAGGUCAUGACAGCACUUAGAAAAGCUGCUGAGUACUACAAAGAGAACCUGUGUAUCGUGAAGGAACUCCGAGACAGGGCAGCACAGGGCAGAACUUAUGGAAACCUGGGGAACACAUACUACCUGCUAGGAAACUUCAGGGAUGCAAUGGCCUUUCAUGAACAGCGUUUGCUCAUUGCUAAAGAGUUUGGUGAUCGGUCUGCAGAAAGGAGAGCCUACUGCAACCUGGGAAACGCUUGUAUAUUCCUUGGGGAGUUUGAGAGGGCUGCAGAACAUUACUGGAAAGCUCUACAGUUGGCACGGCAGCUGAAGGAUUUGGCGGUGGAGGCUCAGGCCUGCUACAGUCUGGGCAACACAUACACACUGCUGCAGGACUAUGAGAGAGCUAUUGACUACCAUCUCAAACAUCUCAUCAUCGCCCAGGACCUCAAUGACAGGAUCGGAGAGGCUAGGGCCUGUUGGAGUUUGGGAAACGCACAUACAGCACUAGGGAAUCAUGACCAGGCCAUGCAGUUUGCAGAGAAACACUUGGAAAUAGCAAAAGAGACUGGUGAUCGUAGCGGGGAACUCACUGCUCGCAUGAACGUCUCAGAUCUUCAGAUGGUCCUCGGUCUCAGUUACAGCACAAACAAUUCAGUACUUUCUGAAAACAAAGAGUUCGACUACAACCUGCAUGGAGCCAGGCCCAGAAUGAGCCGACGGCACAGUAUGGAGAACCUAGAGCUGAUGAAACUCACACCUGACAAGAUAAAUGGUCAGAAGUGGACCAGUGCCAUCCUCUUCAAGCAGUCCAAACCCCCACUGGCCAAGUCAUCCUCAAAGCUCUCCUUUGUUAAUCGUUUCCGAGGAAAGAAGCACAAACUGCAGAGCAGCUCCAGUAAAAUCCUUAAGGAUACCAGCAACACACGGGAAGCUCCUCAGAACAAACAUGGGAGUACAGACAUGUUAGGAGACGAGGGCUUCUUUGACUUGCUGAGUCGUUUCCAGAGCAACAGGAUGGACGACCAGCGGUGCGCCAUACAGGAUGGGAGGAGCCACCUGUCUGUCAAUUCUAGGUCCACCUCCCCACCCAGAACCAUCAGGAAAUCAUUCUCAGAGUCGGCUGCAUCUCCAGGUCAGGAGCCGUUUCUCAGACUGUUGGCCAGUGCUCAGGGCAGGAGGCUGGACGAGCAGAGGGCAGGAACAGGGAACAGUCUGCCCGGCCUGCGCACUCUAUCCGAACACAGCAGCAGACAGAUGAUCCUCAGCCAGGUCAUGGCCAGCACAGAUGCUACCGAACCCGACGACCAGUUCUUUGACAUGCUCGUCAAGUGUCAGGGGUCUCGUCUGGAUGAUCAGAGGUGUGCACCUCCUCUGCCCUCUGCCCGUGGCCCGACUGUCCCGGAUGAAGACUUUUUCAGCCUCAUAAUGCGCUCACAGGCAAAGAGGAUGGAUGAGCAGAGAGUCACGCUGCCCUCCUGCCGCUGAACAAACAUACACACUCUCUUCUGAACUCCAUACUCAGAAAUGAGCUUUCAUACACACGAGUGUUGCAAACCUCAUGCUGGUACUACAAAUCAGGUCGGGCAACAUGCCAUCAUUAUGAACUGUGUCCUGUCUGCUGCAUUAUUAUGAAUGGCAUUUUGUGUACAGCUGCACUAUAUUUCUUUCUAGAUUUGCAUUUUUAAAGAUUGUUGUAGUUUAGGAUAUAUUGCUUUGAUCAUAAGUCAAGUCACCUUUAUUUAUAUAGCACUUUUAACAAUACAGAUUGUGUCAAAGCAACUGGUAUGCUAUGGAAAAUAAUUAACUAAAUAUAAUAAUUCACUACAAUGACUCAUCUUUUGAUAGAUAACUGCAGGUUAAUUUGUAUUUAAAUAACAUUGUUACUACCACUAGUUACCGUCCAGUUAACUACAUGCAGCUGUGACAAUAUCACAAUUUUGUAAUGUCACAUUUAGUUUAUAAAAGUAGUUACUAUAAAUGUAUCUAAAAAGUGGAUGAUAUAGUAAAAUUUACAUCACAAAUGUAUAGAAAUAAAACCUGUACAGAAA